AUGUCAUUCGAUAUUGAUUGGGAGAGCAUCUCGAAUGACGCCAACAUAAAUUCCCAAUUAUUGCACUUCCUGAAUGAGAAGCUUUCGUCAAUUGCACUUCCUGACUAUUUAAAUGGCCUGAAAGUGGUGAGGUUCUCUUUAGGACACAAAUCUCCGGAGCUCACGAUUAGAGAUAUAGAUCAACCGUUUGAGGAUUUUUACUCCGAAAUGGAGCCAGUCGCGCCACCCAAGCCCAAACCGGUUCCAGUUACACCCCUUAGCGCAUCCUCCAAAGCUCAAAUUGACGUUUCUCGAAGCCCUUCUCCGGCGAGUGUUUUGGUCGGAGGUCUCUCGAGCCCUGUGGGAACUCCUCACGGAUCUCUUUUGCUCCCUCGAACAAACUCCUAUGGCCUGGGACUGGGAGCAUUUGGUUUGCGAGAAAUCCACGAGGAGCCUGAAUUGAGCCCUGUUCGAGAGCCAGAGAAAAAAGACACCCGAAGAUCAGACAACGACAUACAGUUCGAUCUGGAUUUCAAGUUUAAUUCUAACAUAUACAUCGAGGUGGUCUGUAACCUACUGAUCAACUAUCCCACCCACGAGUUUAUCAAGCUGCCCGUUCGGCUGAAAAUCACCGAUCUCCAGAUUCACUCCCUGGCAGUGGUGGCAUACAUACAGAAACAUGUGUUUAUCUCCUUUUUGUGCGACAUCGACGACGAAGAGGUUGCCCAUGAGUCGGCUGAAGAGGGUCGUCAGGACUCGCGCAAGUCAUCGGUGUCAGAAAUCCCGCCCACAGUCCUUUCAUCGCGCGAUAGGAUCGACAUAAUUCGCAAUCUAAAAAUUGAAGGAGAACUCGGGAGCCACCAAGACACUCCUUCUCUGAAUCAGGGCUCUGUUUUACGGAAUAUUGGCAAGAUCGAAAAAUUCCUGGUUGGCGCAAUAAGACACAUCCUCAUAGAAGAGCUGGCCUGGCCAAGCUGGAUCGAGCUGGACUUGACCGAAGACUCUUAA